UGCACGAGUUCUCCUGUUGGAGCUGGGGCGCUACCCAGGCUCGCCUCCCCCGGCGCUCUCCAGCUUCGACACGGUCCCUGGGAGCGCCUCGGGGGCGCAGUUUUAAGCAGCCUGCCCGUUUUCCACGCUGGGUGUUCUAACCAGCCCCAACCCCGUCUCGCCCCAUUGGUGCUGCACCAGUUGCCAUGUGUGGGUGGCGGAGCCCUCAGCGGCCUCCUGUAGGGCCACCAAACGCGACCCCGCGUCCAGCUCCACAGCAAGCUUCUCCGGUGGAGAGGGGUCCGCACAGCGCCGCCGGGAGCCCGGGAGUCUCGGCUCCUGCGCCCGGGCCUUGCCGGAGUGUUGUAGGGAUGGCUCCGCUUACCUGAUGCUUUACCCUCACCCCAGCUUUUGUGCGGAGAGACGCCCCCGCCCCUGCGGGAACCGGGGCAGUGGGCGGUGGGAGGGCCCGGGCUGGAACGCAGUCUCCUCGGCCCAGCCGCCUGCGCCGACUUCCGCGCUCCAGCCUCUAGGAAACAAAGGUAUCCCUAGCCUUUUCCUGCCCCUUCCUCCGGUUUCCGCAUCAUCUGGCGACAAUCUGUCUGUGUGUCUGGGAACUGAGCAUCCCUACUCUGUCAUCUCGGAAUUCCACACAGGGCUUCGAAAUGUGAACGUGUCUUUCUGCCCUGGCUGGGAAGCAAGAUUGCGGGGGGUUGGGGGGGGGAGGAGAAAGGGGAGGGCUCCAAAAUAGUCCUUCUCGUCUUAUGUAAUUAAGGACCCACGAGCUUUCCGAAGCACCUCUACAGUUUGCACAGUGCUCAGCUUCUCCCCUCUCCUCUCUCUCUUCCUCCCCUCUCUGCCCUGCCUCUUUCUCUCUGCCCCCAACCCCGUGCGCGCCUGUGCGCGCGCCCAUGUUCGUGCGUUCUUUUUCAUUUCUACCAUUAGGAAACCCACUCAGAGUCACUGUGAACUCAGAAGAGGCUCAGCUCUUAUUUCUCACGGAUUUCUGCCUCUCCGGAAACGCUGCCAGCGUAUACAUAUGAGAGUGUCAAGCUGGAGAGACCAUUAAUCCCUAAGAAAUGAGACACGCAGGAGAAAAGGCAAAGCUGGAAGUCUGGAAGCAGCCUUAGCAGGGGUGUUGGAGCUGGCAUCUGUUAAGGGGUCCCAGUCCCCUCGCUUCAGCACCGGAAGGAAUGGACAGCGCCUCCCAGCUGGGCCGCAGCCUCCCGGACCCGGCUGCUGUCCUCGCGGCCAAGCCACUGUCCUCCCCAAGAGCUCUUAGCUGCUAAAAGGCGGUGCCGCCGGUUCCCUUCCUUGAUGGACGAAAACCAGCCCUCCUCAUCCUCUGACACUCAUAGCAACCCGGCUCCGCGGAGUUAAAGUCUAGGCAGCAACUUCAAGAAUACGUUUCUAAAGGGGGCUGGGGGCGAAAUGCAGGCAGAAGAGUGGAGUCGAAGUUCUUAGAAGCACCAAGGAACCAUGGGCGCUGCAGCAGGAGUUGACAUACUCAAAGGCCAACAGUUUUUUAAAUAAGAACGUCCCUGAGUGGAUUGCGGCUGUUGUGGAGAUAGCUUUGGGAGAGGUUGGAGAUCCUAAACCCCAACGUUAAGAGAAGCAGGGAAGACCUCAGAUCCUCUGCUCAGCAGACCACAUCCUUCACAGUGCCACAGCACAUGGAUUUCAGAACUACCUGUGAGGAGACAAAGACAGGGGUUUGCUUGCUACAAGAUGGUAACCAGGAACCUUUCAAAGUUCGGCUUCACCUCGCCAGAGAUCUGCUGAUGCUACAGGAACAGGAUGUGCUAUGUGUGUCUGGUGAGCCUUUCUAUUCUGGUGAAAGAACGGUGACCAUCAGAAGACAGACAGUAGGAGGAUUUGGAUUAAGCAUAAAGGGAGGUGCAGAGCAUAACAUUCCAGUUGUCAUUUCCAAAAUCUCCAAGGAGCAAAGAGCGGAGCUGUCAGGACUGCUUUUCAUUGGCGAUGCAAUUCUCCAGAUAAAUGGAAUUAAUGUGAGGAAAUGCAGACAUGAAGAAGUGGUUCAGGUUCUUCGGAAUGCUGGGGAGGAAGUGACGCUCACAGUGUCAUUUUUAAAAAGAGCACCUGCUUUCCUCAAACUCCCACUGAAUGAAGACUGUGCAUGUGCUCCCAGUGACCAGAGCAGUGGUACCUCCUCUCCUCUUUGUGACAGUGGCUUGCACCUCAACUACCAUCCAAACAACACAGACACGCUUUCCUGCUCCUCGUGGCCCACAUCUCCAGGCCUGCGAUGGGAGAAGCGGUGGUGUGAUCUCAGGCUCCUUCCCCUACUGCACGCCCGCUUCUCCCAGUACGUGCCCGGGACGGACCUGAGCCGGCAGAACGCUUUCCAGGUUGUUGCUGUGGAUGGAGUCUGCAGUGGAAUUCUUCAGUGCCUCUCUGCUGAAGACUGCAUGGAUUGGCUCCAAGCAAUAGCAGCCAACAUUUCAAACCUCACAAAGCACAAUAUCAAAAAAAUCAACAGAAAUUUCCCUGUAAACCAGCAGAUCAUCUACAUGGGAUGGUGUGAAGCCCGGGAGCAGGAAUCCCUCCAAGACAGAGUUUAUACACCCGUGUUUCUUGCCCUGAGGGGCUCCUGUCUUUACAGGUUCCUGUCACCUCCAGUGACCACUUGGGACUGGACGCGAGCAGAGAGAACCUUCUCCGUGUGUGAGAUCAUGUGCAAGGUUCUCAAGGACAGUGAUCUGCUGGAUCGACGGAAACAUUGCUUCACUAUGCAGUCUGAGUGUGGGGAGGACCUCUACUUUUCUGUGGAGUUGGAGAGUGACCUUGCCCAAUGGGAACGAGCCUUCCAAACAGCCACCUUCCUGGAAGUGGAGCGGAUACAGUGCAAGACUUAUGCAUGUGUGCUGGAGAGUCACCUAAUGGGACUCACUAUUGACUUCAGCACAGGCUUCAUCUGCUUUGAUGCAGCAACAAAGGCUGUACUUUGGAGGUAUAAGUUUUCUCAACUUAAAGGCUCAUCAGAUGACGGCAAAAGCAAAAUCAAAUUUUUGUUUCAGAAUCCAGAUACUAAGCAGAUUGAAGCAAAGGAGUUGGAAUUUUCAAAUUUAUUUGCUGUUCUUCACUGUAUUCAUUCAUUUUUUGCUGCCAAAGUAGCCUGUUUGGACCCUCUGUUUUUAGGUAAUCAGGCUGCUGCUUCCGCUGCUUCAAGCUCUGCUCCUACAAGCAAAGCAAAACACAUGGCUUGAUGUGCUGAUCUCUGCCUGACAGUCCUCAGGGUCACUUGGAUAGACUAUGCUACCACAAGGUCAACAGUGGAGUCAGACUGCAAAUGAAGCAGGAGAAAAGUCAGGAGGCAUCUGCCACUGGUUUUACCCUGGCACGCAUCUGGGACUGACCCUGGACGGGCAGAACAGCCUAUUCUUUCUCCACAUAUCUCUAUUAGGACAUGGUUGUCACCAUGCAUGGUGACAAAGAAAUGAUUGGUGUAAAGUAUGUAAAUAGUAUAAAAAUUGUAAGCUACCUAUAAAUAAAAAUAUUAAUUACAUGGCUAUUUCUCUAUUUUAGAUUAUUUUGUAUAUUGAGCCACAUCAUGAACCCUAUCAUUGUAUUAUGAGUGUAAAGAAGUUAAAAAAAAUAUGAGCAAGGCAAGUAGCAUGCAAAAAGCAAACAAACAACAACAACAAAAAACAAACAAAUGGCUUCAAAGACAGAAGGAUCUUACUUUUCUCAUGUUACUCCCUGUAUUCCCAUCCCACCAUUCCACAUGAGAACUCCAGUUGUGUUUAUCUGAUUGUAAAUUAUUCUUCAGCAUAAAUAAAGACAAUUACAUUGGCCUGUGAUAACACAGUAAGAACUUAAACAUUACCUUUUCAGAGACCGUUACUAAAAUGUGGUUCUAUUAGAAAAUGGUAUUAGAUAUGAAUGUCAAAACACUCAGGACUCUCCUGUUCUUCAUUUAAAAACACUUCUUCUUUUAUUAUAAGGUUUAUGAACAAACUAAACCUUCAUAAAGUUAAAUGAACCAAAAAUCUUGAAAAGAAAAUGAUAUCAAUAAAUUACGUGAAAGAAACAAGUCUUCGUAAGUUUUCUGUUUAGUCAGGAACUAAAAAGACCCUGAGAAGUAGCCGCAGAACCUAUGAGAGCUGGUGAUGUUUUCACUUGAGCAUAUUUAUGAGUAAAUUAAGUGAGAUUUGAAAACAAAAGUCACAAUGAAAGUGCAUGUCAUAGAGCUCCAUGGAGAGAGAUUAAGUAGUGUCAAAUAAUCUGUGCUGCUGUAGCCAACUUAUAUCUGAUUAGAAAGGUAAAAAGACAGAAGUGGGCAGGGUGGUGGUGUGUACACACGGCCGAGAGCUAGUGCUAACUAGUCAUGCAAAGCAGGAUGCAUCUUUCAUCCUUUCCUAAGGCUCUGUUUCUGUUUACUUUAAAAUAAAAGUAAAAAUAAAACCCAUUUUUUAUUGGUACACAUUUGCUAGACAUUGUUUGAUCUCUUUUAAAAUGACCAAGUUUUUUUAAUAUGCAGGUCAAUAUUCCGUCCUUAAAUUAAAGACAAUCCCACAUAAUACUCAUAAGAAAAAUAACAUUAUUUGCUCAAAGGAACACUUAUCAAUGAAAGUAAAGUCAGAAAAUAGUGAGAGAUUUCACAACCAUUAAAAAAGUUAAUUCAUUUCUGCAGUGGAUUAAGUGAAAUGUUAUGAGAUAUAAAAAAUGCUAACUUGGGUCUAAGAUUCCUUGACAAAAGAACAGAAAAUUUUGAAAGUAAAGGCGUAUAUUUAAAAUAUCAGUCUACACCUACAAGAGUCAUUUUGGGAUUACUGCUUAUUAUAUCAACCAAACACAAAGGCUAAGGUAAACUCUGAAUAACCCUAAAAUCUGAGUUCUGUCUCUUUAAGGAAAAGGAGAGAGAGUAGAGAGGGGCAGCGCUUACUAUCUCUUCUGAAAGCUCUGUGACCAAGCGGUGCUGGAGCCCCAUGGUGGGGGACCUUGUCUGCGGGCCAUGGGAAAUGGGAAUGGUAUCUAAAAGUGAAAUAAGUUAGCGAUAACUUGGAAUUUAAAACUAAAAGAAGGUUUUCUUUAACCAGUUAAAAACAAUCUUGUGGGGCUGGAGAGAUGGCUUAGCGGUUAAGGGUUAUUACUGCUCCUGUGAGGGACCUGAAUUUGAUCCCAGCACCCAUCUGGAGUGACUCACAACCAUCCGGGUUUACCAUUCCAGGAGCUGUGAUGUCUUCUUCUGAACUCAGCAGCACCAGGCACACAUGGGAUGCACGCACGCACAUGCAGGAGAAACACCACAUAAAAUAAGUCUAAAAGGUAGAAUUUACAACAUUCCACCUAAAUAUACAAAAAUGAAUCAAGUCUUUUUUAUUGUUGUUAUAUCAAAUAUUCUACCAGUGCUCGCUCCAUGCAGACAGUAAGGGUAUGAGAUAAGCUCUCCAGUAUGGAGCCUGGGUACUGUGUGUACUUACAGACACACGAAUAUAUAGAGAGGAAGACAGGUAUAAAAUAUUGAGCUUCAUUAUACCGAAAGAAAAUGUUUCACUGACAUGUAUAGCAUAAUUUGAAUUCAGCUAUAACGUGUUCCUUGAAUUAAAAUCUAUUAAAACAACCUUAUUAUUCUUAAUUUUUAUAAAUUGGUUAAAAUAGCACCAUGCAGAAAUUGCUAUUUAACAUGAUUAGUGGCAUAGGCACCAAUUAGGAAAGUACUGUUCUGAUUUUGAUCAGUUCAAUAGUUAAUGUUUAAUGCUUUCUAUAUAGUGAGAUUAACCAGUCAUUUUCUGUGACUUGGGCUACAUGAAUGAGAAAAUUUAGAAAUUAAUCAAAACACAGAUUUUAAUUUCUCAGUAGCUUAGGUUCAGAUAUAGGGGAUUUUUUUUUCAACAAUUCCAAGUUUGAGCAUUAAACGCACAUGUGAAUGCUUAAUGAUAUUUUAACCCCUCCAGUGCCUUGAUGGAUGUGUAUGUACAUACAUGUGUGUGUGCAUAGACCAUUAAAGGGGUUAUUACGGUGUACACAGAGUACAAGCUUAAUGGAAAAUGUAGUUAUGUGAGUUAGAGACAGGAGUUUAAAAUGACUUUUACAAUGCUAGGAUGAGAAUGUCUUUUCUGUGAUGAAAAGUACAAAUCACCUGAAAUGAAGUAUACCAAAACAGGGACAUUUGAAUUUGCUAUUGUACAAUUCAAAAUUACCUUAAUAUAAUAUUUAAAAUAAUAAAUACCCAAUGCUUCCCAUCCGAUCUUAUUUUUAAAGAGCAGGAUGAGGUAGUAAUUUCUCACUCCUGUUUCAGGCAUGAGCUGACUUGCUCCUUUAAAGCCUUUGCUCAUACAACUAUCAUUCAACAAGGAGGAAAGAAAUUAGUGCCAGGUCAGUAUUGACAAGCAGAGAAAUCAGUUCCAAUGUAGGAAGUAUGGCUGACCUCUAGGCAAUUAGUUAAUGACAACAUAUCCCUUAUUUACGGUGACAGAGGUUAUUCAUAGUAUAGCCCAAGUCGAAUGCUGAACUUAAAGUGAAGCUUGACUUAUCAAUGAGGAAAAGUAAAUGCGACCAAUCACUUCAUUUCACUGUUUCAAAGUUGCAGUGUGGAGAAGCUUUACUGUGCAAGGACAAGAUGGUGCUUAACUUUGUAAGGUAAGUGUCUCUGUUCCAACCUAAGGAAAAACGUUUUGCUCCUGUUGAUACUGAAUGUGCUCAUAGGCGGAAGGACUCUCUUGAUCCAUAUCUCAAAAAUUGCUGUUUGUGUUUUGUUCUGAGUCUUUAAUGCAUUAAAAUCAUAUCACUUUUCAUAAUAGCUUACCUUUAAAGAUGAAUAAAAUAUAAAUGUUAUAUAUUUUAUACAUACUACGAUGUAGUGAAACAGAAAGAUAAAAAUGUAAAUAUAUUUAUUUCAUAUUUAAAUGUUUUAGUGGAUAUUUGUAAAAUACAAAUUGAGAUCUGUGACAACCAGUCUGUCUUUGAGUUCAUUAAUGUACUAUUACUAAAAUAAAUACUUUUUUAAUGAAGCAUACUAGAA